AUGUCGCUCCCAAAUCUCCCAGCGCUGAGUUCAGUCGAAGAUGCGAGCGUAUUCAUGGGUCGCUUCGGAGGCAUCCGUUCUGUCGGCCCCACUAUCAGCAUGCGGAUCUUCGAGAACCGGAACGUGGAUUCUUGGGAAACGCUGGAGGGGAGGUUCAGUGCGCGCAUAAUCAUGCAGCUGAGAGAUCGCUACGUGAUUCCCAACGUGAGUGCGGUCCAGGAUGCGCCCGCGCUCGAGACUCCCGACCGCGAAGAUGUCGCUCCCGGAUCUCCCAGCGUUGAGAGCGAAAUCGAGGCAGUCUCGAGCCCGGAGACGACCCCGGUGACGACCCCGUCACCGAGGUCGCUCGAGGAAGCGGACGUCACACCUGAAUGGGAGUUCGACUGCCACGUCGACGGGACCGGGUGCCACGCGCUGGAAGGGGGCUGGACCAAACUAUGGAAGGACUGUGUGAAUGCGGCGCCGGCGGCGGCGGCGGCGAAUGGGGGGGAACCUUCGCCGCUGCGCGAUUGGAAUGCAACUAAUGUCAGGUACCCUUGCCCUGGGCAGGGAUGCACAAAGAGACUGACGCUCGAUAACGAUAGUCACGGCGCGCACGUUCGGCUCAAGCGUCUAGUUAUCGCCGACGGCAAUCGGUGGGAUCAUGCAUAUGUCGUCAUCCCCACCUGUUCGAAGUGUAACACAUCAUAUAACGACCUCACGAGAGAGUGCAUAGCGGUGAAAGUGGCCGACUUAGAUGAGAAAGUCUACGUCGGGAGCAUUACUCAAGAUGGGCACACCGUCCAUAAGUUGGAAAAUGUGGAACCCGUUGUGGAGUUCCCCGCAGAAGACGUCGAAGGUUCCGUCGGGCUUAAACACCUUGACGAUGAACAACUGAAGGUGCUGAAGGAAUAUUUGAUUGUUUGGAUGGAAAAUAGAGUUCCAAGACUCGACACCGACCACCCCGACGCGAUAUCGCUUUUUUCGGAGGUGCGAAUCCUCUUCUCCCGCCUCAUGGUCAGUCGGAAGAAGGGCGAGUCCGAGUCCGAUAUCUUGAAAUUGCUAAAGCCGCAGAAGAAAGAUCUUCUUAACCAUGAAGCAUUCGGCAGACAUUCGGACCUUUCUGAAGACUUGGUGCGACAUCUGGACAAGAAAUUAAUGGAGCAAUGCCGCGAGAAGCGGGGCGCGUUCAAGUUGUUCGGCGAUACGCCAGGUAGAUACACGCGUUCGGGGGCGAGCAGAUCUGAGCGUGUGACAUUGAACUUCGACAACGACGCUACGGACGGCUUCAUCAGGAAACUCGUGACGCCCCCAAAUACGUCCAUGUCACCGAAUGAGUUGGAGGAAUGGAAGAAUAGGUCCAAGCAACCGGGGGAGUGGAAGGGAAGAAAUAAUAUCGUCCUCAAGGUCCGUGGCACGGAACAGAGAUAUUGA